AUGCAUUUCUCACAUAAUGUAAUUUCCAAAGGAUUUUUCCUAAGUUGCGGAUCAUCAUCGGAUAUCGAGGAAAACGGUAUCAAAUACAUCUCCGACGAUGGCUUCAUAUCGGUGGGAAACAAAUCGGCCCUUAAAGAAACAGGUAUCCAUCCAUUACUCACCACAUUACGUUACUUUCCCGACAAGUCGUCGCGAAAGUAUUGUUAUGUCUUUCACGUGAUCAAAGGUGCGAAAAUUCUACUAAGGACAACGUAUUAUUAUGGCGGUUACGAUGGAGGGAAAGAUCCUCCAGUUUUCGAUCAAAUCAUUGAUGGUACUAAAUGGAGUACCGUGAAUACUAAGGAGGAUAAUGCUAAUGGAUUGAGCUCGUAUUAUGAGAUUAUCGUGUUAACUCAAACGAAGAUGUUUAGUUUUUGUUUGGCGAGAAAUAAUCAAACGGCAUUGGGUAGUCCUUUUAUAAAUGGGUUAGAAUUGAUUUAUUUAACAGAUUCGAUUUACAAUGCGACGGAUUUCAGUAAGUAUGCCUUGGCUACUGUUUCUAGGGCUAGCUUCGGACUCGUCGGUGACAUCAUUAGAUAUCCAGAUGAUGAAUACAAUCGAUUUUGGCAACCAUUCACGGACCCAAAUUCCGCCGUACAAAGCCAAUCAAACGUGAUUUCUACAGAAUUUUGGAACAUUCCACCAGUGAAGGCGUUUGUGUCAUCGCUAACCACAAGUGCAGUGACACCAUUAUCGAUCAAGUGGCCAGCUUUUGUCCUACCUUCAAGCAAUUACUAUCUAGCACUUUACUUUCAAGACAAUCGCGUAAAUAAUUGGAGAGUUGUUAGUGUUUCCGUCAAUGGGAAACCUUUCAUCAACAAUCUUAAUGUCACGGCUAAAGGAGUCACAGUUUACGCUGCUCUAUGGCCUCUCAAUGGUCAAACCGAGAUUAUCUUAACUCCGAGUAGUGAUUCAACUAUUGGACCUAUUGUCAAUGCUGGUGAAUUGUUUCAAAUUUUUCCAUUUGGUGGAAGAACUCUAACAAGAGAUGCGACGAUUAUGGAAGACCUUUCAAGAGUGCUUCAAAAUAGACCUUCAGAUUGGAAUGGAGAUCCAUGUCUUCCUAAAGGUUAUUCAUGGACAGGAGUUACCUGUUCCGAAUUCGAUUACUACCCUCGAAUCAUUUCUAUAAAUCUAACAGGAAUUGGGAUGUCUGGGGAAUUACCAAGGAAUUUAGAACAUUUGACAGCACUUAAAACUAUUUGGCUUGGUGGGAAUGCUCUAACAGGAACCAUACCUGAAAUGGGUUUAUUGAAGGCAAUGGAAACUCUGCAUCUGGAAAACAACCAAUUUAUAGGACAAAUACCACAGUCUUUAGGACAGCUUCCUAGGCUACGUGAAGUAUUUGUCCAAAACAACAAGCUGACUGGUGGGAUUCCGGAAUCACUUAGGACGAGAAACGACGUAAUUGUCAAGAUAUAAUGUUCAAG